AUGUCAAACUUUGGCCGAACACUUGUAAAGAUAAAGAGAACACAGAACACUUAUAAAGAUAAAGAGAACACGGGUGAAGACAAACAUAACACGGAUAAAGACAAACAGAACACGGGUAAAGACAAACAUAACACGGGUAAAGAUAAACAGAACACGGGUAAAGACAAACAGAACACGGGUAAAGACAAACAUAACACGGGUAAAGAUAAACAGAACAUGGGUAAAGACAAACAGAACAUGGGUAAAGAUAAACAGAACAUGGGUAAAGACAAACAGAACAUGGACAAACACAACUAUGAUGAAGAUGAUGACAAAGAGAUGAAGGGCAGAAGCAAAGUGGAGAGCAAACUGCUCCCGUCCAGCACCAACCUGAGAAACAAGGCCCAGUAUGAUGACUGCAGUCUUGAGUUAGCAUUUUUACUGGACAGUUCAGAGAGCGCCAAAGACAACCACAUCCAGGAGAAGCAGUUUGUGGUUGAUGUAGUGGACCAUGUCCAGAACAUCCAGCUGAAAACCAGCCAGAGUCUGAAUUUCAGGUCAGCCCUCCUGCAGUACAGUGUUCAUGUGAUUCCUGAGCAGACCUUCAGUCAGUGGAGGGGUGUGGCCCACUUCAAAGCUAGCAUUGCACCAAUCUCCUACAUAGGGCAAGGCAUCUAUUUAACAUACGCCAUCACCAAUCUCACCCACCUGUACCUGCAAGAAUCAGGUCCCAGAAGUGUGAAGGCUGCCAUCCUGUUGUAUGAUGGCGAGUCACAUCCCAAGAACCCUGACAUCUUCUCUGCUGCAGCUGAUAUUAAGAACCAAGGUGUUCACUUUUUCACAAUCGGUAUCACACAUGCUGCCAAUGAAGCCUCUAAAAUGCCACAGCUGAGGUUGCUGGCUAAUUCACCCCCAGCAUGCUACCUUCACAACCUCCAGGACAACAUCGUCGUGGACAAGGUCAUCAAACAGCUGACAGAGUUGGCAGAUGAAGUGUGUCCCUUGGAUAAGCAAUGUGUAUGUGAGAAAGGAGAACAGGAACCGGGUGGGCCUGCUGUGAUGGAAGAAGGUCCUGGAGAUGACGGACAUCCAGGGCCAAAAGGGCAAAAAGGGGAAAGUGGACAUCAAGGGCUGCCUGGUCUAGCGGAACCAGAGGGCAAAACUGGCUAUGAAGGAGAGAAGGGGGAGAGAGGAGAGUGCGGGAUGCCGAGCAGUAAAGGAGACAGAGGAGAGAGAAGCACUGAGGGACUCCGGGGCCCCAGGGGGGUGGAAGGAUCUGGCAUUAAAGGAGACAAGGGUGACUUUGGACCUCCUGGGAUACCAGGACCAGUUGGGCUUCCCGGCCCUGGUGUACAAGGAGAAAAGGGAGUGGAGGGUCCACGUGGACCCCCAGGUGUCAGGGGGCCACCAGGCGAUGGCUAUCCAGGACAAAAGGGUGAUCAAGGGUUACCAGGUGAAACUGGAGUACCAGGAGAAAGAGGAGCAGGGGAACCAGGCAGUAACAGAAACUUAGUAACAAACACUUGUCUACACGGUGAACCAGGAGCACCUGGGUUGUCAGGGUUACCGGGUUUACCUGGAGAAGAUGGAGUUCCAGGCCAAAAGGGAGAACCUGGUGCUCUAGGCCUAAGAGGGCUGUAGGGAACACCAGGGGUGAAAAACUCCAACUUUUUAUUACAUGGCUGGUUUUCAUUCCAGGGUGAUAUGGGCCCAGUGGGUCCUCCUGGUCCACUCGGGGAGAGAGGCUAUGGACUUCCAGGACCAAAGGGUGAAAGUGGAGACACAGGUCCACCAGGACCCCAGGGAGAUGGCAACCCUGGUCCAGUAGGUCCUCCUGGGCUUCCUGGCCUUCCAGGAGAACCUGGGUCAGAGGGACUGGGUCUCCCUGGACCCAAGGGUGAUGUUGGGUUCAAAGGACAACCAGGGUUACCUGGACCUCCAGGAAAAGGUUUACAAGGACCACCAGGCAUCAUGGGGAGACAAGGACCUCCUGGACCCCCAGGAUUGACAGGACAAGGAUUACAAGGACCAAAGGGAGAUCAAGGAUCUCAAGGUUUGUCAGGGCCAAGGGGACCACCUGGAGAAGGUCUUCCAUGGUCAAAGGGUGACCGUGGAUCUCAAGGGGUGAGAGGCAUGAAAGGGGUCAAAGGUGACCUAGGGGAUCCUGGGGCCCUAAGCCAAGCAGGAAGACAAGAUGUGAAAGGAGAGUCAGGACUGAUGAGAGAAGAAAUUGCGAGGAUAAUUAAAGAGAUAUGUAGCUGCAGAAUCAAAUGCAAAGAGCGUCCGAUGGAGCUGGUGUUCGUGAUUGACAGCUCGGAGAGUGUGGGUCCAGACAACUUUGAGAUCAUAAAGGAUUUCCUAAUGACGCUGGUGGACAGAGUGACUCUGGGUCACAACGCCACCCGCAUGGGUCUGCUGCUCUAUAGCCCGGAGGGGCGGCUGGAGUUCAGCCUCGCCCGUUACGUGACCAAGGAAGAUGUCAAGUGGGCCAUCUGCAAGAUGCCCUACAUGGGCGAGGGCACGCACACGGGCACAGCCAUCCGCAAGGCCACGCAGGAAGCCUUCUACAGUGCCUGGGCCGGGGUCAGCAAGGUCACCGUCGUCAUCACAGAUGGUCAGACAGACAAACGAGAGCCCGUGAAGCUGGACCUUGCAGUGAGGGAAGCUCACACAGCCAGCAUCGAGAUGUUCGCGAUGGGCAUCGUCAAUGCCAGUGACCCAACGCAGGUGGAGUUUCUCUGGGAGCUAAAUCUCAUCACCUCUGACCCAGACAGUGAACACAUGUAUCUGAUAGAUGAUUUCAACACACUGCCAGCUUUAGAGUCCAAACUGGUCAGUCAGUUUUGUGAGGAUGAGGAAGGAGCUGUGGUCUUUAACCAUGUCAGUGGAUACAGUAGCCAUGCCAACCAUGUAAACAAGCUUUAUGGACUUAGUCACAAUGAAAACCACAUCAGCAGACAAAAUCUGUAUGACAGCAGCCAAGAAAAUGUACUUGAUGUCCAACCUGGAAAAACACACAAGGGAACUGUUACUGAGACACACACAGAAACAGCAACACACACUGAAACAAAUACCAUCACCUCCAGGAAUGGCAGGGGAGGCAGCCUGUCUGCACUGGGCCAGCCAGACACACCAGAUGUGAACCAGGGCCCAUGUCAGGACUACAACAUCCGCUGGUACUAUGACCAGCAGGCCAAUGCCUGUGCUCAGUUCUGGUAUGGAGGUUGUCAUGGCAACCGCAAUCACUUUGACACAGAGGAGGAGUGCAAGAAGACUUGUGCUGUUUCAAGAUCAGGAGGCUGA